UUGAACUACACUUCGGCGCGUUUUUCGAGCAAGCUCGGCGUGUUGGAUCUGGGGUUCCUUAUGUCAAUGGAACGGGAGGAGUAUGGCCUAAUUGUACGAAAUUUACAGGAGGUAGUCGGUGACGAGGAAUUGCGGAACCUGGUCACUCGUGACUCCCCUUUGGCCGUGUACUGGGGAACUGCAACUACCGGGAGACCACAUGUUGCGUAUUUCGUCCCCAUCAUCAAGCUAGCGGAUUUUUUGCACGCUGGGUGCAGGGUGAUAAUUUUGUUCGCAGAUUUGCAUGCAUAUCUAGAUAACAUGAAGGCCCCCUGGUCCUUGCUGCGCUACCGGACACAGUACUACGAGGCUGUCAUCAAGGGCAUGCUUAAGUCGGUGAAUGUACCUCUGGAACGACUGCACUUCAUUCGUGGGGCCGAUUACGAGUUAACAGAAAAGUAUUCUAUUGACGUCUAUCGACUUAUGGCCAUCGCUUCUGUUCAUGACGCACGCAAGGCCGGUGCCGAGGUUGUUAAACAAGUGUCCAAUCCACUGGUUUCUGGUCUGCUGUACCCACUUUUGCAAGCGCUGGAUGAAAUUCAUCUGGGCGUCGAUGCUCAGUUUGGUGGAGUGGACCAGCGCAAAAUUUUCAUGCUUGCAGAGAAGUCGCGGAAGUUCACAAUGGAGCGACUCUUUCUCGUUGACUCACAGUUGGAUCUACGGUCUCCCUCCCGUUUAUCCUUUCAGUAUUUGCCUCACCUUGGACACAAGAAGUGCGUGCAUCUUAUGAACCCAAUGGUCCCUGGACUGUCUGGCACAAAAAUGUCCUCCUCAGAGGCAGAUUCAAAAAUCGACUUGCUGGACGAUGCCCAGUCAGUCGAACGUAAACUUUCCAGUGCAAUAUGUGCUCCAGGUGUUUCGGCCGAUCAGGGCAAUGGCGUACUGGCCUUCCUCAAGUACGUUGUCUUCCCGUUGACGAAACCUGAAUCAGGUAUGUCGUUUUUGUGGGUUUCGAUCAGUUUCCUGUGCUCUGAAAUCGAUCACCGCCUUACUCGGUUUUGUCUCUCUUUCCCUCUCUCACGCACAGGACUGCUUAUCCCCGGGCACAGCGGACCCUACCAUGACUACAGUAGCCUUGAAGCGGAUUACCUCUCUGGCCACGUGGAUUCUGAUGCUUUGAAACAGGCUGUGGUGAAGUGCCUAAAUUCCCGCAUGGACGUAAUCCGGGCUGAUUUUAACACCCCGGAGAUGGCUCGUCUGGUGGAACAGGCCUACCCCUCAUCCGAGGCGAACGGUCUUAGCAAUGGACUGCUUAUCCCCGGGCACAGCGGACCCUACCAUGACUACAGUAGCCUUGAAGCGGAUUACCUCUCUGGCCACGUGGAUUCUGAUGCUUUGAAACAGGCUGUGGUGAAGUGCCUAAAUUCCCGCAUGGACGUAAUCCGGGCUGAUUUUAACACCCCGGAGAUGGCUCGUCUGGUGGAACAGGCCUACCCCUCAUCCGAGGCGAAUGGUCUUAGCAAUGGUGUUGAGAAUUUGUCAGUCGAUUCCAAUGAACCGACAAAUGGUUCGUCUUCGGGAAUACCAGAGAAAUUGUCAACUCUCGAGGAACAGUUGGCGCCGAUUGGGGAUAGAAGUAGUCUACUCAGCGCGCUACGUGAGGAGUUCCCUGAUGCCGGUGAUCAGCUGACCACGUGUGUACGGCGUGUGGAUCGCCUGCGUUGUUUAUGGAGUGUUACCCCAACCGGGCUUCCGCACUUGGGCCACAGCAUCCCUCUACGCAAGCUGGCCCGCCUAUCUCAGUUUGACGGUGUCCAUAUCGUUGUCCUCGUCAAUAAUGUGGCUGCACAUCUACGUGGUUCGUGCUCCUGGGAUUUGGUCGUCCCGCGUGGUGAGUUCUGCCGCGCCGUACUCUCUGCACUGUUCAUCGCUCUGGGUGGUCGCCGCGAACAGUUCACUUGUUUGUUGGGCACAGACUUCCAGUACUCUGGUGAUUACAUGCUGGAGUUUUACCGCCUGGUCAGCCUAGUUCCAGAAUCAGACUGUGCAGCUGCGAGCGACUGCCCCACUUCCGUAGCCGAGCAGCAGGAAAACGACACGUCUACAAACGAUCCAUCGGCCGAUGGCGGUAGUGCUCGGUGUGCUCUAGGUCAGCUGUUGAUGCCGUGUACCGAUCUGGUUGAUACUGUCUAUCUUCGAGCUCAUGUUCGGCUGGCUAGUGCGGAUCGAGUUCGGAAAAGGCAUUUGUUUGAAAAAGGAUUCCUAUCCAAGCUUACUUCUCAACAAGCACCUGUUCACCUUAGUCACCCUCUGCUCUCGAGUUUGCAAGUUGAUAGCACCGGGUCUGUUGGGACCUCGGUAACCGUCGUCCGACCAAUGCAUUCCUGUCCACCUGCCUCUCGAACAGAAUGCCCUGCUGCCGCUCAAGCAUUGGCUAUCUUGGCAGAAGACUGCAGUCUGCCGCUGGUUGAACCACUCGCACCGGGUGCGGAAAAGACAGUUCUCCAGGGUUUGAAGCGUCGUCUCAAGCGUGCCUUUUGUCAACCCGGUAAUGUAGCAGUCAACCCGGUGCUAGAGAUAUAUCGUUAUGUUAUACUUCCAGAUGUAAGCGUUGCAGCUCCUCUCAUUAUUCCACGUUCGGAGAAAAACGGUGGCCCACUCCACAUAUGCUCUCCAGAUGGAGCGGUUGAUUGUACGUCCCGUUGGGUCGCACUCCAGACAGCUUUCGCACAAGAAAUCCUGCACCCUGGAGAUUUGAAGCCAGCAGCUGAGCUUGCUCUGUCUCCCGCAAAUCCGGAGAGUGUUGCUAGUCGACUAUUACAGGCACUUCCUCCUUGGCCUCAGUUAAUGCAGCUACUGGAUGCUGCAUUCCCUCAACCCGUAAAACAAACCACAGGGAAAGGAAAGACAAAAAGUAAAAAAGGAACAAACUCUGGAGAUGGUGACGCUGUGUGCAAUGGCCAUUCUACAGCCAAAGGCGAUGCAACCAGCCAACAAACCACCGGGGAUACCGUAGACCCUAACCGGCUAGAAAUUCGGGUCGGACGGAUUAUCACAGCCAAAAAGCACCCUGAUGCGGACAGCCUAUACGUGGAAGAGGUAGAUUUUGGUCCCACCUUGGGUCAUCGCACAGUCAUCAGUGGGCUGGCUGGCCUCUAUCCACUUGAGCUGCUCCAAGGUAGGUGUGGUGCGUUCGUGACCAAUCUGAAACCUGUGCGAAUGCGGGGACUGGAAUCUCAGGCAAUGUUGCUUUGUUCCUCAUUCACCUCCAACGAACCCGACUCUGUGCGCCUCGUCCGUCCCGUGGAAGUGCCUCCAGAUUCGGUUCUUCCACCGGGUACUCGUCUGAUAUUUCAUUCACCAGGGUCGGCUGAGAAUGUUCGCCAACCGGAUGCUGUCAUUAACCCAAAGACCAAGUUGUGGGAACGAAUUUGUCCAGAUUUGACUGUGGGAUCCGGAGAUCAUGUUGUUAGAUGGAAAGACUGGCGACUCGGGACGGAGAAUGCAACGCACUGGGCCAAAGGAUCAGACGAAUUGCCUGACGGUGCAUCUGUCAGCUAGAGCUGAUCUCAUCCCUACACAUCGACAAUGACAAUUGUCAGUAUACCGAUUUUCUCGAAGUCACUUUCUUCUUUCAUUGAGUAUGGCGCAUUCUUACUGACGCCACUCCCAUUUGUUUGAUGACGCUUGCCUGUUCAUUAACUUGUUAUUUGUGUAACUUGUGAGAUAUAUAAGUUACUUCGGAGAC